AUGAAUGAAAGUGACCGCACUGUGUUGCUGGAAUCUGUCGGACAGAGUCUGCAAAGAAUUUCCUUGGCGAGCAUUACAUCCCUUUGCAAUGAAGAUGUGGGACACAUUCUCGAAACGUUCCCUUAUGUGCGAGACAUAGAUUUCAGUGGUUGCUUCAUUGAAUCCACUACGAAUCGUAAUGAGACUGGACUCAUAAAUUUGCCUGCGAGACCACAGCUUUCUUUCCGAAGUUUGUUAUCAAGCUUACGUGCGCUUUCUACCGUUUGUUUCGGAGGUGCUCCCCUAUACGUUACUCUCCGCCUGAACUCUACAGGAAUAACCGAUCGAGAUCUGGAAUUUCUUUGCUGCUGUGAUUUCAUACAUUUACGCGGGCUGUUAAUUGAAAACUGCCGUAAUCUGACGGAUCGUGGACUGUUGGCGGUUUUAUCUUCUGUUCAACUAGUAGGACAAUUAAAAGAAAUCUCAUUAGGUUUGCCAAGUCCAGACAUCAACUUCUCAACAUUUUUACCUGUUUUUAAGGCCAUAGGACCAAACUUGAAGCGCCUUUGUCUGUCAAAACUGCCUAUUUCUUCAAAAUCCCAACUUUCUUCUUUAUUAUCGAGCUGUUCUAACGUCGAGCAUCUCGAUAUAUCUUCUUGUUGUACGGGGUUCAUUGGUUGGUCAGAAUACUUGUGGAUGAAUUUACACUGCAUUUCUAGUUUAGACCUUUCUGGUCACUUUACUCUAACUGAUGAAGAUGUGUCUGUGAUGUCGCUCAGUUUGAAAUGUCGGCUAAAGUACUUGAAUGUUAGUUCGUGCAUGAAAUUGACGGAUUUAUCCCUGGAGGUGAUAUGUCGGAAUUUUUCGUCCACCCUUGAAGUGUUGAACGCGAAUUGGUGUAAAGGUUUCUCUGACGCAGGUUUUCAAGGCACUCAGGGAACUAGCGUUUUUUCAACUGGAGUUUAUACCUGUACAAGACUGAAGGAAUUGAAUUUCUCAGAUUGUCAUCAGAUAACAGGCCGUUCCUUUGCUCCUAACUUUGGAUUCUACAUUCCACCAUUUCAAAACCUUGCACGUCUUCAUCUCGGCCGUACAGGUCUUUUUAAAGGAGAUGAUCUUAUCAAUGCAGCUAGCUUCGCGCCGUUCCUUCAGUAUUUAGAUGUUUCUCGCUCUUCUGUGGACGACGAUUCCUUGAACACUGUGUUGCAAAAAUUACAUCGCACACUCAGGCAGCUUUUUGUAUCAGGUUGCGAUAGAAUAACCGACUUGACGCUUAACAACAUAAUUUCUAGUAUACCCUAUCUUCGUGUAUUGGACGUCUCUUUCUGCCCACAUAUUUCUCAUGAAGGUCUUCGAAACUUUCGAGGAUGUAUGUCCUACUUAAUAGAAUUGAAAGCAUUGUACAUUGGUGCGGCUGUCAAUCACACUUGA